AUGGCGGCGGCAGGCUCCGGGAAGGCGCGGCGGAGGCAGAGCAGCGGCGUGUCUCCGGUCCGCGUCGACGGUUACAGAGGAGUGGUUCAGGGUCUGCCUGAAAUAUCCAAGCGCUGUCACAGGCACCGGCGACGACCUCCCAUGGCCGCACGACCGCGCCGCCCCACGCAUGUUCGUCCUCGCCUCCGCCGCCACCGCCGCCUCUUUCUCCUAAUCCCCCUCCUCCUCCUUUUCCUCCUCCCACCCCUAUCAGCUGUCAUCUUCCGCCGCGCCAACUCCCUCGGCCGCCGGUGCCUGUCCCUCGCCGCCCGUCACACCCCCCUCGCCGGACGCCGGCUCAGCUUCUCCAUCGUCACGCUCUCCGACGAGAGCCGUGGCGCGCGGGGGCGGUCUUUCCGCGGCAUGCUGAACGCCACCGCGCAGAACAGGCGCGCCUACGCGGCCGUGCAUGGGUACGGCCUCGCCGUGCUGCCGCCCGAGGCCGUCGACCGCAGUCGCCCGCCCGCCUGGAGCAAGGUCCUCGCCCUCCGCGCCCACCUGCACCGCCACCACUGGCUAUUCUGGAAUGACGCGGACACGCUUGUCACUAACCCGGACAUCGCGUUGGAGACGAUUCUGUUUUCGGUGAUUGGGCAUAGUGAUUUUCAUACAUCCCCUGAUCUCAUUCUGACGGAGGAUAUCAAUGGAGUUAACGCCGGACUGUUCUUCGUAAGGAGGUCAAAAUGGAGUGAGAGAUUUUUGGAUACAUGGUGGAACCAUUCAUCAUUUGUACAAUUUGGUUCCACAAAAAGUGGAGAUAAUUUCGCACUUAAGCAUAUCAUAGAUCACUUAUCACCUGAAGAAAUGCAAGCACACGUCCAUAUAGCAAAAAUGCAGUGCCUCUUCAACUCAUACCCUUGGAAUUGGAUGGCUAUGUGGAAAUCACUUCACGCCCUGAUCUUCCACCCGUCCACUACAUGGAAAGGGGUUUAUUCAGAUGGAGAUUUCAUGGUCCAUUUUGCUGGCCUAGAUGACAAGCGAGGUUGGACAUCUAGAAUUCUUAAAGAGAUAGGAACUCCAUGAUAACCAUAAGUACUCCAACUGAACAUAUAUAAUAGGAGCAUCCAGAAUUUUAUGUGAAGGGCAUCAUUGUUUUUU